CGGUUGCCGCGACAGCUCCUUGACUGAGGUAAUAUACCACGGGGUUCGAGAUAGUUCACUCUCGCAUCAGGGUACGGAGAAUGCCGCAAAUGGAGAGAUUAUAAGCUCAUCGCACGAAAUGACUUAUUGGAGAUUCCCAUGUUGGGACGGUACCUCCCACAGGAGUCUCAACCAGUCCAAUCCUUCAUCUCCUAUAAAAAGAUGCUCACAGUCAACCGCUCACCAACAUAGUUGGGGCAGUUCCAACUCGGACAUUGACCUCAGCACGGAUAGUGCAAUUCCGGUGCGAAGUUACAACGCAUCGUCCAUUGAACUCGAACCCUGCAGCCGAAGAAAGAACAUCAACAGUCGUUGUGCUAAGGAUGGCGGACAGACGCUCCGUGAACGAGCCCACAGCCUCUACGCACCACAUGCGUACCCGGGCCCGCACGCGUGCACUUACACGCCUACAGGCGACGCAAGGCCCGUGGGUCGGCCAAGCGGUAGACCGCGAAGCGCUCCGGGCGCAGAAAUACUGCACGCAGAAAUGCCUGCGGGGAUUGAAGCGGCGGACGAAACUGGACCUUAAGUGUCCGAAUGUCGAGCGACACCGGGCCAAUAACGGGCGGCGCAGCAGUAGUAGCAGCAGCAGCAGCAGCAGUACACACCACCCGACGACGGCGUGGGGGCUGACGAAGAUCAUCCAGGCCGCGCUGGAGCAGCACCCGGAGUGUGCGAUACCGUUCGAAGAGCUGGGCACGGCACAUGGACAUGGGCCGGAGACCCGGUCGGGCAGCUCGGGCGCCCCGUUCAAGGUCGUCUGUCCUCGGUUCGGAUACACGGUGGUCGGGAAGGGCACCGUGUGUUGGAUCUGGCCCCGGCUGGAGCGUGAAGCCGACGUGUACGCGCAGAUCCUGCCGGCGGCGCAGGGGUCCGCCGUGCCCGAGUUCCUGGGCAAGAUCCAUCUGCAGCAGCCCUAUGCGGUGGCCGACUUCGGCCGGGUCCGCCAUAUGCUCCUGAUGGGCUAUGGCGGCGAGGAAAUCGGCCGGUAUUGGUUGGAUCCCGCUAUGCGGAAAUACCAUCGACGGAGGUCGGUGGAGGAGAUCUGCGCCCUGGGCGUCGUCCACAAGGACCUGGCGUCCAGAAAUGUGCUCUGGAGCCCUGAGUUGGCCCGCGCCUUGAUUAUAGAUUUCGAGGCGUGCACCCUCUGCAUGGAUCGGGUGCUAAAGCGGCCAAAAUGGGUGCCCCAGAGGCUGAUCGAGGGGAGUCGCGUCUGCUUGGCUAACAUGGUCACCGAGUACCGGGGCCAUUGCAAAGUCCAUCGCAUCUGCUGUCACUAUGACCCAGAUGAAGAUUGCCCCAACCGGAAAUAUGGUUUGCCUUGACUGCCUGGCCUGUAGUCCAGUAUCGUCUGAUCCAUUUGUCAUAACUA